GCGAUUCACUCGAUUCAAUGGAGGAAUUUCCUCCUCUUUCAAGCGUGCGUCUGUUGGUCAAUCAUAUUUCCAAACAGUUUCUUUCUCUUAACAAAUUCGUGUACAAUUGGGAGGAACCCUGUUUCCCCCCCUUCUCUACUUUUCCAUGGAUUCGAAAACCUCUUGGGACUCCUUGCGAAAACAGGCAAGGAAGCUUGAAGCACAAUUGGAUGAUCAAAUACACGUGUAUCGUAAAUUAGUUUCUACAAAAGUUGAUCAUAAUAAUGAGAACAAUCUUGGAUCUAGAAUAGAACAACUAUUGAAAGAAUUGCAACAAGUAAUUUCAUUAAUGCAAUCUUGGCUUUCAACUGGAGGACCAGAAAUAUUUUCUCAUACAUUGACACGUCAUCAAGAAAUUCAUAAUGAUCUUACUAAGGAGUUCGGUCAACUGCGAUCUAGCCUGAAAGCAAAGAGAGACCACGCGUCACUGCUUGAAGAUUUUAGAGAAUUUGAGAAAUCAAGAUUAGUCUCAGAAGAUGAUGGUGGGUCCCAAGACCAAUCUUUCCUUAAGGAGCGUGGUACUCUCAUGAGAAAUACACGACAGAUGGAAGGUGUAAUAUCUCAAGCACAAGAAACCCUAGGCACGCUUGUGUUUCAAAGAUCAACAUUUGGGGGAAUUGGUUCUAAGAUUGGCAAUGUCAAGAGUCGCCUCCCAACAGUAAGUAAACAGUAUUAUAUCGACAAUAAAGAAGAGAAAAUCAAUGGAGACUAUUAUCCUUUCCAUGGUUGCCUCAUGUUGUACAUUUCUGAUUUGGAUUUAUUGGUUGACAAAAUAGUUAAGUUAUUGGUAGAGCAUUGGAAAGAAAAAAAAUGUAUUGUUUGUACAUUACAUAGAAAUGAAAUACAAGAUUCCUCAUGA